CACUCAGUCAUGCACUUUGCCAUCAGUCAGGUUUGUGGGUCUGUCGCAUCAUGCUGCUGUUGUGGUGCUGCUGAGGGACCUUAUUCAAAUCGCCUGAAUUAGGAAAUAAGCAGAAAACUCCAUGCAAGAACUGGCCCUGCAAUAACAGUUGAAAUGGAGCAAUGGGAGGUUCAAACAGAAGCCAAAGAGAACACCUCGUCACUGAUUGACAACAGUUCCUGUGAGAAUCUGGAGUGCUACAUGGUUCUCACCUGGGCGGAGCAGACGGCCAUCGGCUCGAUCUGUUUCCUGGCGGGUCCCAUCACCUUCCUGGAGAAUGCCCUGGUGUUGGGAGUGAUCGCCGCCACAGCCUCCCUGCGGCAGCGGCCCACAUACCUCUUCAUCGCCAGCCUCGCUCUGGCCGACGUCUUCGCCAGCUGCUUCUUCACCACCAGCUUCCUGGACUUUCACCUCUUUCGCCGCAGCGACGGCCCCACUGCCUACCUCUUCAAACUGGGCGGUGUCACCAUGGCCUUCACCAGCUCGGUGGGGAGUUUGCUGCUGACCGCGCUGGACCGCUACCUCUGCAUCCAGCAGGCCUCCAGCUACAAGCUGCUGCUGACCCGCCGGAGAGCCGUGCUCGGCCUGCUGAUGCUCUGGACCGCCACCAUACUCGUGUCCUUCUUGCCGCUGAUUGGCUGGAGGUGUCCUACAGGGCUGGCUCCACCCUGCUCGCGCCUGUUUCCCUACAUCAACCAGGGCUACCUGGCCUUCUGGACCAGCUUCGCGCUGGUGCUUCUGGCUCUCAUUCUGUGUGCUUACGCCCUGAUCCUGUGGAAGGCACACAGCCACGAGUUGACUAUGACCGGCCUCCAGGGAGCAGCGGGGACAGGCCAGGCCCGCAUGAGGAUCGACAUCCGCCUGGCCCGUACCUUUGGCCUGAUCCUGAUCAUACUGGUGAGCUGCUGGCUUCCUGCGCUCUCCUUCAUGUUGGCCGACGUCUCCGUGGUCCUGACUCGCACCCAACAGAGGGCGUUCGCCUUCUGCAGCACGCUCUGCCUGGUCAACUCUGCAGUCAACCCGCUGCUGUACGCCCUGCGCUGUCGGGAGCUAAGGGUCGCUCUCCUGCAGCUGGUACAAAGGCUGUGCGUCAUUGGAAGGUGUAGAAAGUCUACAGAGGGUUUAGCCGCUGGGUUACCCUCCACGGGAGACAACAACUGUACCGCCAUCACUGAGGACGGGACGCCCGGGAACAGAACAUAACGCCGGGACCUGAACUGAACAAUCAGCAGCCGGACAUCAGCAAGUUAGAGGAAAUGAAGGAGUAGUUUUCCUGAUUGGGGCGUUUUGGGCACUGAAUGAAGAAUCAAAUGUGAGCAGGAUUCAUUGCCAUCAAAUUAUCAGUGCUGCUAUGUAUAUUAAAGAUAUUGUGUUCAAGGGUGUGAAACAACAACUCCUGAAUAUUGUGAGAAGACCUAUUAGUGUAUUCAACAGGUCAGAAAGCCUAUCAAAUAUGGGAAACAUGCCAGGUAAUUUGUUUAACUUGUAGUCAUGAGAUACACAUGAAAUACAGCUUGUAGAAAUCGUUAACAUUUCAAAAUACAAUUAGAACCAUUUUAGUAUCAGAUUCCUGUGGAAAUAAAGCUUAUCACCUCCGGGCAUUGGUUUCAGGUCAGACAAAGGGUUUAUUGUAUGUUGGACUGGAAUCGAGAUGAUGUCACGUGGCCGUUUGACCUUUAACCUUUGACCUCUCCGUCUCAAACGUCGGCGCUUUAACCCUCUAGCGCCCGCGCGAGCUGAAGGGCGGACUCGAAUCCGGGGCUCACCGUGUGCCGGACAGGUGGCUGCGUUUGCUGUUAUGCGUGUUUAAUCUGCAGAAUUCGGCCCCGGGGCGCGCGGGGACAGAGGACGCCGUGGUCGGCCUAUCCCCUGCGCACAUGAAUGCCAGGACUCCACAAAAGCUCCAUGUACGGGAGGAUUUCACACAACGUCCGCGCACGUGAAUCCAAGCAGCGCCGGCGAGGUAAAUGGAGCACGUGCCAGGAGGGAAAACCAGCACAAACCCUAGAACACUCUUUACUCUCUUUGUGACAACUGGCAGCUGCAGCAAAGCACACAACUGUAUGACAUUGCACUUAAAAGUCACAGGCGCACACAGUAGACUGAACAAAAACCACUGUAACAAGUCCUUAAAGAUGGCUCUUGGCUCAUUGAAUGUUUAUUUAACUCUUCAUCAUCUCUCAGUGGCUAAAGUCAGCAGCAUUCUUGUGUUUGUAAUGAUUUGUAAGUGUUCCCGUCCUCGUAUGAAUCUCCUACGCGGGUCUUUGCUAUUGCGCCAGAGGUGACUGACUGGAUACUCCGAGUCUGCUGUGCCAGAAACUCCUUUUUUUUACAGGAAGUGGGAACAAAAUAAGAACACAGCAUUUUUUUUUGACAUACUUUUCCCCCAAAUCAAGAGUGGGGAUAAUCACAGGUCGUAUACAUUACAUUUGUAGUUUAUAUGUAGUAAUAUCUUUUGUAAAAACUGUUUUAGAGAUGUGCGAUAGGAGUUCCUAUGUGCUACUUUGAGGUUACAUUUGUAUUAUUCUGUAUAGGCCUACCCCAUGGAUAUGAGUGAUGAUAUACACCAAAUAUUAGAAACCCCUGUCUCCAUACAAUAAAAAUAAUGUUCCUCUGAAAAGGGUUUUCCAACCAC